UGUGCUCGUUUGUUUUGACACGUUUGUUGAAAAAACAAUCAACUUCUGUUAAACAUUCUUUCCACACAAAGCUCGCCCUUUAAUCCUGCUUCUUGUGUUGGUCUUUGGUUAUUCUAUAAGCGUUGACAAAACAGUAAAUAUCAUAGGUGAUGAAAAUACAUUUUGUGUAAAUCACUAAAAAGAGUAAAACUAAUGUGAGGUAUUCUCCUGUAUGUUAUAGGUGAUGCAUAUCCUACUGUUGGGUCAUACUUUAUUUUGAAGGGAGAGGAAGUGACGUUUUCACUGUUCGUGUUGUUGAAGUUGGCGACCGGGAGUGCGUUGCACACUUGGGAGAACUACAACCUCCUUGUCAUCUUUCGUGUCAAACUCAUGACACGGCUACACGAAAAAGAAGGCAGAUGGAUUUGUUUCAGGUUUAGACCAGGGGUGGCCAACAGGUGGUCACAGCCUGGCAGCUGAAGGGAGCUCAGGUCAGCCGUGGCACAUGACAAAACACAAAUGAACUCGGAGAAGAUAAAAGCCUUUGCUCGCUCAUAAUGUUGCGGCUUGAGUUGGCAAGCUCGGACCGUGUACACCAACCUUCAUUAUAGCGCCCAUUUCUCACCCCAUAUAUAAAUGUAUAUAUAUAUUUGGCCUCUUCUUAAUGAAUUGUUUGUACCAUGAGUAUUAUUUGCUUGUUUGCACUUAAGCGUGUGGCACUAUGAUUGUUUCUGUGAUUUGGAGUUUGGUUCUAGCAAAGAUCUCCACGUGCAUAUGUCAAUUAUCAUCAAUGUCUGAAACAUUUUGGACAGCUUGUGUCUUCUUCUGUGCUCGAACUUCCCUCAGUGGAAAGCUAUGCCUCAUGUCUGCAGUUCACCCGGUGAGACCAGACUUGUCAUCAGAAUGACAACAGUCUGGUGACCAAGUUGGACACGACAGUUAAUAUGCAGAAACUUUGGACCCACUGCGACCUUCUGACCCAAUUUCAGAGCUGCAAUUUGGGAGGGAACUAUUCUGUAAUAAUGCUAUCAUCAGAAUCAAACAUAUACAGAAUGAAAUCAGGAAAAACGCAACAUAGGUUAACAAGAGUUUUUUUUUUUUUUUUUUUUUCUUAAAUCAGGAUGCAGCGGCCCCAGAACCCGAUUAUAAGAGCUACAUUCUGAUGCACCGAUCGAUGCUUGUUGAUCAAGCUUUAUAUGUGAACAUUUCCUACCACCGAAGAAAGAAACGGUUUGGCACAGGUGUCCUUUAUAAUAUGCUGCCAUCUAGUGGCAGCAUAUUGUUAAACCUCUCCUGUCUCCUCACCGGACCGUGUUCGGUCACCUCCAAGGCUGGAGCGCGCACUCCAGGGUUUAAUGUCCUUUUCCUCGGCUGGAGAUCGGACAGGGAUGAGUCGAGUCUUGGAUAGAGCGUUAUUUCGGUUUAUUUCUUCACAGCUCGAACUUGACACGUACCGGGCACUUCUACACUUCUUCUUCCCAGAGAGACGUCAGUCUCCCGGCAACCCCUCCCACCCGCUAUUGAAUUCAUGAUGUUGCCGUUGUUGCUGAACCUGACGCAAAAUUACACGAAACAAAAACUUAAAAACAACUUGUUGGACCCUGUGAACGCCAGGAAAAUCGAAGAAAGUCGAAUUCUGGCGAUUCCAAAAAAUUGGUCCUGAGUCAAGGCCUUCAAAAUGCCAAAAUAUUACAUUUUUUCAACGUUAAAAAAUAUUUCUAAAAAAAACAAAAAAAAAAAACAAUUGAAUUAUAAUGAAGACUGGAGUAACAGCAUGUACUUGUUUUAUUUGUCCUUUGCUGUAAAGGAAAUCAAUAUUUUAACUGAUGCGACUGUAUUGGUGGUUGGUUGUUGUUGACUGUUGUGGAGGCACAAAUGUGAACUGUGCGGUACACUUUAUUUUGUUACAUCAACAUUAAACCAUGCAGUCUUUAAUGCAGUAUACCGAGAUAGAACACUGGAAACAGACUUUAAUAAAUAAUUGACUGCUUAAGUGUUUAGGAACGAUAUCAUUAUCACUGUUUUCGAUGGAGACACGUGUGAAUAGAGCUGUGUCAUCAGCCAGUUGCUCUUUGACCUGGUUGUUAAUUGACAACCAAAAAGGACUCUACAAAAGCCCACAGGGCGAGCGCACCUGGACACAACACGCAAUCAUGCAGAGAGGAACUAAGUGGAGGUCGGACUGGAAGUAUCCCACUUUUCUGCUGUGCACCUAUGGAUUUUUCACCUCAGUGAAGCCCAUUGAGCCCUUUCUACUUCCAUACAUGACGGGUCCGGACAAGAACUUGACGACAGAACAGGCCACUAAUGAGAUUUACCCUGUGUGGACGUACUCCUACCUCUCUGUGCUGGUGCCGGUCUUCCUGCUUACCGACUGGCUGCGUUACAAGCCCGUAGUGGUCUUCCAGGGUGUGACAGUCUUCAUCACCACAGCACUAUUGCGAUGGACCACAACUGUUCCUGCCAUGCAAGUGGUCCAGUUCUUCUACGGAGUGGUGACAGCCAGCGAGGUAGCCUACUUCUCCUACAUCUACAGCAUGAUUGAUGUGAAGAACUACAGGAAGGCCACCUCCUACUGCCGUGGGGUCCAGCUGCUGGCAUACACGGUGGGCUCCGUGCUGGGCCAGCUGCUCAUCAGCUUCACACUGAUGUCCUACAACAACAUCCUGGUGUUCACCAUGGUUCUGAUUGGCAUCGGACUUUUCGCCUCGCUUUUCUUACCAAUGCCAGAGCAGAGUAUGUUUUUCCACCCCAAGAAAGAGCAGCAAGAGGAGGAAGAAAAGGAGGACGUGAGCGAGAAUUCUAAAGACAAGUUAAGUUGUGGUCGAGUGUUGCUAAUGCUGUGGAGAGACUUCUUACAAUGCUACUCAUCGAGGCGGCUGCUCUACUGGUCGGUGUGGUGGGCCAUGGCCACCUGCGGAUACAACCAGACUGUGAACUACAUACAGGUGCUGUGGGAACAUCAGCAGCCGUCACAAAAUCUAAGCAUCUACAACGGCGGCGUGGAAGCAGUGUCCAGCUUGUUAAGCGCGGCAACAGCCUAUGGCAUUGGUUUCACUCAAGUCAGAUGGGAGCUGUGGGGCGAGCUGGCUCUUGGAGGCUUUUCUGGGCUGGCAGCCGUCGUGCUCUUCCUGAUGACCUUCAUAGGGAACAUCUGGGUCUGCUACACAGGCUAUGCCGUUUUCAAGUGCCUGUACAUGCUGCUGAUAACAAUCGCCAUGUACCAGAUUGCAACGGAUCUGACAAUGGACAGAUAUGCACUGGUGUUUGGUGCCAACACCUUCGGAGCUUUGGUUCUACAGACCAUCCUCACUUCUGUUGUUGUGGAUCAAAGAGGGUUGGGUCUCGACAUCAUUUCUCAGUUCACCAUUUACUCCAGCUACUUUGCAAUCAUUGCUGUGGUGUUUUCACUGAGUGGCGUGUUGACUCUUUGGAAAGCACGAAGACACAAUAGAGAAGACAUUCCUCCAGACAAAAAUCAAAGCCCCAUCCAGGAACACAGACUGUAAAAGAAACAUCGAUUGCAACCACGAAGAUAUUUUCAAAUGAUUCAGAGCGACGGUGUGACCUGCCAAAGUGGUUUUGUCAUUUCUUAAUUAAAAUUCAUUUUAAUAUGUUUACAAUAAAUAUGUACACUGCAUUGAAAAUUCAGUCGAACCUGUUGAAUUGUUGAUUCCAGUUCAUCCUUGAACAUCAGCGAGACGGAUGGCGACCAAGUCCCCUACUGCCGCCAAUAAAACGUGCAUUCUUGCUAACAGAACAUUUUAUGUAAAAUUGUCACUAAUAAACAGUUCUCAACAAAUGCAGUUACCAGCAGUACCAGGUAUGUUUUCCAAAUGACUCAUUUGUCCUUAAAAAUCUUGUGAGCGUGAUACAAAUACCGAUAUGAACAAGAGCAGAUGUCCUUAAAGAUAAAUAUAUACAGCAUUGCAGCAUUUUGAAUAGAAUAUACUGUUCCCAAAUAACUUACGUUUCCAGCUGUUUCAUCCAACAAUAGGCUCAGAGUAA